AUGAAGGUUCUCUCGUUCUGCCACAGCUCCGGAUUCAGCUUCUCUUUGCUUGGUUUUAUUAUUUAUUUUAUGACUUUUUAUGUUCACAAGUUGGAAACAGCUCAGUUUAAAGUGAUUGGACCUGAACAGCCUGUCACAGCCAUUGUGGAUGAGGAGAUAGUGUUACCUUGUCACCUGUCCCCCAGGAUGAGCGCUGAGAACAUGGAGGUGACAUGGUUCCGGUCCCAGCUGUCCCCAUUUGUGCAUCACUAUAGUAAUGGAAAGGACCAAUAUGGGCAGCAGAUGCCGGAAUAUCAGGGGAGGACAGAGCUCUUGAAAGAUGGUCUCGCUAAUGGGAGUGUUGCCUUGAGAAUUUUCAGUAUCAGACUCUCUGAUGAAGGACAAUACGGCUGUUUUGUUCAAGAUGAUAUCUUUUAUGAAGAAGCUCUAUUGGAACUAAAGGUGGCAGCUUCAGGCUCUGCUCCUCACAUCUCUGUUGAGGGUUACCAGGAUGGAGGGAUCCGACUGGUGUGCCGAUCGGCCAGAUGGUACCCAGAGCCCGAGGUGCUGUGGAGAGAUCUCAAGGGACAGCCCUUACCUUCAUCCUCUCAAACAAAUUCCCGAGAAGCCAGUGGCCUGUAUGAAACACAAACUUCUAUCAUUCUAACAGAACAUUCAAAUCAGAACUUGUCUUGUUCGGUCAGGAACACCCACCUCAGCCAAGAAAAGGAAUCAACAUUAUUUUAUAUAUCAGAUCCUUUUUUUCCAAAGGUGAAUCCCUGGAUGGUGGCGAUGUGUGUGAUCCUGGUGGUUUUGUUUGGUUCCUUUGGCCUUAGUGCUUAUCUCUUCAAAAUCAAAGAGAAACAAGCAGUGGAACUUCAGAAACAAGCAGUGGAACUUCGGUGGAGAAGAUUUGUGGUACCUAUAGAAGAAGCAAAUGUGACUCUGGAUCCAGAUACGGCUCAUCGUGACCUCAUCCUCUCUAAGGAUCAGAAAAGUGUGAGAUGGGGAGACACACGGCUGGAUCUGCCCAACAACUCUGAGAGAUUUGACUCUGUGCUCUGUGUGCUGGGGUGUGAGGGAUUCAACUCGGGGAGACAUUGCUGGGAGGUGGAGGUGGGGGAUGGGCAAUACUGGGCUGUGGGGGUGGCCAGAGAGUCUGUGAGCAGGAAGGGACGGAUUGAGCAUAACCCUGAGACGGGGAUCUGGGCUGUGCAACUGUGGGGGGAUGAGUUCCGGGCCCUCACUUCCCCUAUAACCCUCCUGCCCCUGAGCCAAGUCCCCAGCAGGAUCCGGGUUUGUCUGGACUGUGAUCAGGGGCAGGUGACAUUUUUCGAUGCUGGUAAUGAGACCCUGAUCUUCACUUUCCCACCCGCCUCUGUCCCUGGGGAGAGAAUCCGACCCUGGGUCUGGCUGGGGUGGAGAGCCCAGCUCAGACUGCGUCCCUGAGACAUGUGGGGGAGGGAAUAUCCAACUGUGGCUAAAUAAUGAAAGCCUGAUUGGAGCAGGGG